AUGGGCUACAGACACUCCACUGAGUUCGAGUCUGGAGCUGUGAGUGGCACAACAAAGGAUUGUUUGUUCUCCUACAACAUAAUUGAUCUAUAUCCUCAAUUCACUUCUACACCAACUAGCAUGAGAGAGGAUAUCGUGCUAGCAUCAUGGUUGAUCGUGCUGCUACGCACUCGAGAAGGCGAAGGUGUAUCAUUCGACUGGACAUAUCAAAGUUCUUCAAACGAGCCAGAGGAGCCCCUCAAGCACAUUUCCAUGGACAAAAUCAUGGGAGGUCUGCAGGACUCGGUCGACAAUGUUAUUGAGAACAUUGCGAACCAGAUCUCAAUAGCAGAGUCAACCAAAAGGACUGCUAGCGUGGAGCCUGUCUCACUACUUCUAAGCACCAACAUUCUAUUUCAGCAGCCCGGGGACUCAACAGUGCGUNNGCAAAUAUCAGACUGUAGUAAAGGAUGUACUUGGCUGACAUGGCGAGCAAAGAAGACACUUUAUCUUGAAGUACGCUUCCUCGACGGAACCCUCAACAUCCAACCAGCCUUCCGCAGCAAGGACAUGCUGGACAAUGAAGUGACCAGAUACAUCAAAUCACUAGCGGACACCAUCCAGCUUUGCAUCUCAAACCCAAAAAUGACGAUUCAGGACUCAUUGCGACCAACAUCGAGCGAUCUGGACGAGAUCUGGAGUCACAACAAUGAACUACCCCUUACUUACGACUUCUGCAUGCAUGAAAUGGUUGCCAAACGAGCACAGCAACUCCCUGACAAGAUUGCGAUUGAUUCUUGGGAUGGCAUCUUGACUUUUGGGCAGAUUGACCAAUAUUCUACGUUUAUGGCACAAUCACUUGUUGCAGAGGGAGUGCGGCCACACGACAUUGUACCAUUGUGCUUUGAGAAAUCUCGAUGGGCGAUUGUUGCUGUACUGGCAACCAUGAAAGCCGGAGCGACCUUUGCGAUGAUGGACCCGUCACUUCCUCUUGCUCGACUCCAGAACAUGGCCGUACAGAUCGGUGCGAGGGUGAUUGUGUCCUCUCGCAUCCAACACGACUUUGCGAAAUCUAUACUGCCGGAUGCACCACAUCUCACCGUCGAAGAGGAUGCUUUCAAGCAGGCCAUUCCAGGAAAUUCAAAGAAACUGCCUUCCGUUGACCCUGACACUCUGAUGUAUAUCAUCUUCACAUCCGGAAGCACUGGCACACCAAAAGGUGUUACGAUCUCCCACAAGACGUAUACCAGCAGCGCUAUCCCCAGAGCAAAAGCAGUUGGCUAUACCGAAAAAUCCAGAGUCCUGGAUUUCGCAUCAUACGCCUUCGAUGUCAGUAUUGACAGCAUGUUCUUGACGGUAGGCAAUGGCGGCUGUCUUUGCAUUCCCUCUGAUGAAGAUCGCCUGAAUGACAUUAACGGUGUCAUCAGGGACAUGAAGAUCAACUAUGCAGGCAUCACCCCUUCUAUGGCUCGAAUCUUGGAUCCGGAUGUUAUCAAAUCACUUGAUGUCUUGGGUCUAGGUGGAGAGGCAGCUUCCGCCAGAGAUGUCAACUUCUGGGGUCAAGACACUAGAAUCGUUAUCGGAUACGGUCCUUGCGAGUGUACCAUUGGAUGCACGAUCAACAGCGACACUGCCACUGGCAGAGACUAUAUCUCGAUUGGUACUGGAAACGGAGCUUGUAUGUGGAUUGUCAAUCCUGAUGAUCAUGAGCAACUCAUGCCUGCUGGCGCCGUCGGCGAAUUGCUUGUCGAGGGCCCCAUCGUCGGACAAGGCUACUUGAAUGACCCAGAAAAGACGGCAGCUGUAUUCAUUAACGAUCCCGCCUGGCUUGUCAAAGGUCACGACAAGUAUGCUGGACGCCGUGGCAGGUUAUACAAAACUGGAGAUCUCGGAAAGUAUGAUCCUGACGGUUCUGGCGGUAUCAUUUUCGCUGGGCGCAAGGAUACCCAGGUCAAGCUCCGUGGCCAACGCGUCGAGCUGGGCGAGAUUGAGAGUCAACUUGGUGCCAGACUACCUUCUGGUACUACAGUGAUUGCUGAGGUCGUCGUGCCGCAAGGAACAGGAGGUCAAGCUACGUUAGUGGCCUUUGUUGCUCCUGUCACCUCGAAGGGACACGGGCAAACAGACAUCAGUUCGAUCAAGCUUUCAGACGAGUUGCGCGAAGUACUUUCGAAAGCUGAUGCGGAGGUGAAGAACGUUUUACCUCGUUAUAUGGUACCCACCUCAUACAUCCCGGUCAACCGCAUUCCAGUUUUAAUCUCUGGGAAAACAGAUCGCAAGCAACUCAAAGCUUUUGGAAAUACGGUGGACCUGCGCGAUCUAGACCAAGGUUCUACUGACGCUGGCCGUGAUUUGAACGACCUGGAAAAGCGUCUUCAGCAGGCCUGGAGUCAGGUAUUGACUCUAGACGCUUCGGGCAUCCGUCUCGAAGACAAUUUCUUUGCCCUUGGCGGCGACUCUUUGGCAGCGAUGAGACUAGUGUCGACUUGCAGAGCACAAGGUCUCAUCUUGUCCGUUAUCGACACUUUUGUAAACCCAAAUCUCUCAGCAAUGGCCACUGUUGUCAAAAUUGGCGAUGCUCAAGCACAGAAGGAGAUACAGCCGUUCUCUACCAUCGAACGCUCGGUGGACGAUGCCCGUCUCGAAGCAGCGCAAGCUUGUCAGACGAAUGUUGAGAACAUUGAGGACAUAUAUCCUUGUACCCCUACACAAGAGUCUCUCUUCACAUUCUCCCUCAAGUCUGUCGAGUUAUAUCUCGCUCAGAGAGUGGCAUCCAUACCUCGACACAUGGACACAAACGCACUGAAGAGGGCUUGGGAGAAGGUCGUCGCUGCAAACCCUAUCCUUCGCACUCGUGCUGCCCAGCUCGAGGAGCCUGGACUUCAACAAGUUGUGCUCAAGGAGGGCAUAUCUUGGAGACAUGCCACUGACUUGAAGCAAUAUCUUGCAAGCGACAAGAACGAGAGGAUGGACCUCGGUCAAAGCUUGGCCCGCUAUGCCAUCAUCGAGACCGAGGAGGCUGACAAACGAUAUAUGGUUUGGAGUGUUCACCAUCUGCUUUAUGAUGGAUGGUCAGAGCCACUCAUUCUCAAGCAAGUUAGCGAUGCUUUGCAAGAACAGCCUAUGGAGAUUCCAGCUCGCAUGAGAGACUUUGUCGAAUAUGUUCGCGAGACAGAUGGGCACGCCAUGCAAGAGUUCUGGAGACAGGAGCUCAAGGGCGCCGUUGGACCCCAGUUCCCUCGCAUUCCAUCAAGAGACUUUGUACCAACUCCUGAUGCCAUGGUCGAGCGUUUCAUACCUCUUGAUACUGGUGCAGGGUUCCCCUUCACACUGGCAACACUCAUCCGCGGUGCAUGGGCACUUGUGGCUUCUCAAUACUCGGGAAGUGAUGAUGUCUUGUUUGGCGAAACGCUGACUGGUCGUGAUAUCGCACUUGCCGGAGUCGAGGGUAUUGUUGGUCCUCUGAUUGCUACAGUACCCAUCCGUGUCCGCAUCAACAGAACGAGCACUCUCGAAUCUUUCUUGCAUACUGUGCAGCAGAGCAUCCUAGCCAGGACACCUUACCAGCACAUGGGAUGGCAAAACAUCAGAAAGGUUAGCCAGGACGCUCAGCAUGCGUCGGAAGCACCGACUGGUCUGGUCAUCCAGCCCGAGCCAGAGUACGUGGGCAACGAUCUUGGCUUCGAGCUUGGAGAUGUCGUUCGUGAAGCACUCCACUUCAAUCCUUACCCGCUCAUGGUCGGAUGUGGUAUCCGAAAGGGUGGCUUCAGGGUCUGUGCCAACUUCGACAGCACUCUGAUUGAGGUCACUCAGAUGGAGCGUAUACUUGCACAGCUUGAAGUCGCUUGUACUCAGUUAACGAAAGAUCUCUCGAGACACGUCAGCGAGAUCAGUUGCCUAUCAGCAGCUGAGUUGAACGUGAUUUGGCAGUGGAAUCAGACUCCACCCUUGGCUUAUGAUGAACCAUCCAGACGUUUGGGUGCGAACACAAGCUUGAAGCAGGGCUCCGUCUACCCUUCUGCGACAGUGGCAUGGGUAUGUGAUUCUCGUAACUCGUGCAAUCUGGUGCCCAUCGGCUCUGUGGGCGAACUCUACCUCGAAGGCAACUUCCUCCCUGGUGAGACCGUCGAGUCGCCAACUUGGCUGCUAGCCGGAAGUUCGACUUAUCCCGGUCGCACUGGCAAUGUCCAGGCUACUGGUGACCUCGUUGAGCUACGCAGUGAUGGUAGCGUGGUCUUCGUUGCGCGAAAGGACAACUUCUUGCCUAUCCAAGGCCAUUCAGUCGACUUUGCUGAUCUUGAAGCACACGUUGCAAGAUACUUACCACCUGCUACUCGUGGCGCUACCGCAGUGACGCACUCGUCAUCAGACGGGAAUCAAGAGAUCGUUGUCUUUGUCGAUCAGCAACCGUCACUCGAAGAUAGUGUCAACGUCCUGCCUGAGGAUCACCAAGUACUCGAGUUGGGAACAACAAUCCGUGCCAGCAUUCCAGUCGAACUUGCUCUUGCGCUGAAGAAGCUUGACAAGUAUAUACACGACUCGUUACCGUCUUAUGUCGCACCAUCUGCAUACAUUGUGGUCGAGAACUUGCCUACUGACAAGAGUGGACAAAUUGACCAUGAUGGAUUGAAUAAACUGGCUUCACAAAUCCCCUCAAACAUCCUCAGUCAGCUUCGUCAUGGACUCGAGCAAGCGUGGUCGACAAAUGCAACUCAAGCUAAGCUAACAGUGCCCGAGGAUAUCCUCAGGACAGCUUGGGCCAAAAUCCUUAGUAUCAGUGCAGACAAGAUUGAUGUUGACGACAACUUUUUCCGCUUAGGUGGUGACUCUGUCUUGGCCAUGAAACUAGUAUCUAGUCUUCGUUCGCAAGGACAUGCCUUGUCGGUGGCCGAUAUCUUCCAACACAUGCGUCUUGGUGAUGCUGCCAAGGUGAUGAAGUUGGACGCUGUGUCAAAGGCUAAGAAACAGAUUCAGCCAUACAAGCCAUUCUCUACUCUGGGUCUGUCAGAUGUUGAGACUUUCUUGUCCGAGAUUGUCAGACCGAAGCUUGCAGACCAGACCUGGGUUGUACGCGAUGUGCUUCCUGUGACGGACACGCAAGCACUUGACAUUGAGCAGACUGUUACGUAUCCACGAACAUCGCUGCAAUACACCACCAUGGUCUUUGACAAGAACAUCGACAGUGAGAGGCUGCUCGAUGCUUGCAGACGGCUUGUCAGAACGCACGAUAUCCUUCGCACUGUCUUCAUCCAGCACGAUUCGACCUUCUACCAAGUCGUGAUAGAAAAUUUGGAUCAAGUGGUUUUCAGCAAGCUGGUCGAGGGUGAAAUUGAGGGGGACUUCCAAGAUUCAUGCCGUCAGGACAUUUAUAAGGAGUUUGCGCUGGGCAGUGCGUUUACCGCCAUCUCUCAUGUGAGAAGCAAAAAUGGGGAGCAAGGUCUCGUCUUCCGUCUGUCACAUGCUCAGUAUGAUGGUGUAUCAUUGCCAGCACUUCUCGCUGAUCUCGAGACGUUGUACAAAGGUGGCAAGAUUACCAGUGAGCCUUUCGCGACCUACAUUUCUGCCACAUUGGAGCCUGCUUUGCGGAAAAAAGCUCUUACUUACUGGAAAGACUUGCUUUCUAAUUCUUCGUCGUCGUCGUUGGGAUUCUCAGCCCAAGAGAACGAGAAAGGCUUGUUCAAAUCUGCCUUGGUCGACAUGACAAACAAGCCUUCCGACGCGACUACCGCCAAUAUUCUCACGGCAGCAUGGUCACUCGUCCUUGCUCGUCGCGUCCGGACCACCGACGUUGUUUUCGGCGCCGUGACCUCCGGUCGCAACAUUGACGGCCUGACAAACCCGGACACCAUCAUGGGUCCCUGCUACCAAUUCACCCCUGUACGCGUUUCCCUCUCUGCGUCUCAGGACACUGCGACUUUGCUCCGUUCCAUUGCCACUCAACUCGCCGAGUCCAGCUCUUACGAUUUUGUGGGGUAUGCUGCCAUCGCAAGCGCAGUGGGCUGGGAUGCCAAAUCCGGUUUCGAUAGCUUGGUGCAUCAUCAAGAUGAUGAAGAUGAUGUUGACAGCAUGCCUUUUGCUGGUAGUGUUUGUCGUGUUGAUCUGAUCAAGCCGCAGGGAGAUUCGCCUCGGCCGUUCAAGGUCGUGAGUUUUGUCAAGGGUGGGGAGACGUUUGUUGGUGUUGUUGGUGCUGAGAGGGAAGAGGUGGUUGUUGGAGAAGUGCUGGGUGAAUUGGUGGAUGCUGUCAGAGAGAUAGUCAGAGGCGGUGAGGUGAACGUCUGA